AAGGUGACAGAUAAAGUGAAAUAAUCAAAUUUAAUGGCCUAUAAGUAUCCCUAUGAAUAAUUCUAACCGAUUUUGAAUUUCGCUAUCGAAUAUCCGCUUUUUCCGGCCUAUAAAAAUUUCUAUACUCUCCAUGGUCAUUUUUCAUAAAAAUCAUGGGGGAGGAAACGCGAAACAAGUUAAAUUUUUGGAACACCCUUAAUGUUUUAAUACUCCUCCGUUUUGUUUCUCUUUUGUAAACAAACAAGGAAAGGAUUCUGGCAAAAUAAGUAAAUUAAGUGUUUAUUUAUACAUAUUGUAUUAAAUACUUAUAUGAGUAACUAAGGACGCAUAAUAGAUUAAAAAUGCCAGGACCAUUAGAGGAUCAAGCCAGUAACUUUCAUUUCCAAGACAAUCUCAUUUCGGACAGUUUAUCAAAUUUAAGUGAUGCAUCUGGACUAGCAAAUCGAUCGAUGGAUGUUGCGGUCGUUAUUGAUAUUAUUGAAAAUGCAAAUUUAACACAUCGUAAAUGCGCUCUUGAUGAAGUCAACAAAGCUUGCAUCGCUGCUAAUGCAAAUAUGCAGUUACUACAAUUCGAAAAGGUUGAUUUUGGCGAAACGACUCCUUUGGAAAUACUUUACAAUGCUGACGUUGCUAUUGUUGAUCUCAGUGUACGAGAACAACAAAGAGCUCUUUUAUACCAUUUAGGGAUUCGUGAAAGUUUUGGUAUGAAAGAAAAUAUUGUUUUGUUCAACGAUACCAACAGAGAACAAACCUUACGAGUAAAAUUAGCGUGUGAGAACUAUACUUUUUUGCCUUACUCAAUGUUUGAUUGUGGAUCUUGUGUUGUCACUUCAACAACAAAGCUUGUCCCUCAAAUUGAAGACUUAGCUGAAACGAAGCAAUUUUUAAUUAUAAAAUUGAAGAAAAUAUUUCAAGAUGUGGAAAUACAAGCAAAAGCUCAUAUUAAGGAAAAAUUUCUUUCUGAUUUGCGAUCCGCUAGAGACCAGUUCGCUGGCAAUGCAGAAGAAUUGAAACAUAUUUUACAUAAAAUGCGAAAUAGACUUGAUGAUCCAAACGUUUUAUCUGGAGAAGUUUUUCAAAGUUAUAUGUUUUCUCUCAGAGACGUCCAAGACUACGACGCAAUGGUGCAACUUGUCAACGACUUACAAACGAUUCCAAACAAGCAAAAAUACAUUAACACUGGUAGUAUGAUGUAUUUGUAUGCUUUUGCUUUAAAUCGGCGCAACAAGCCUGGUGAUAGAGAAAAGGCACUUAAAACUUGUGAAAAAGCUUUAGAAAAAAAAGAAAAUCAUUUUCCAGAUCUGAUUUGUUUGUGCGGUCGCAUUUACAAAGAUAUAUUUGUGGAAAGUGAUCAUACUGAUCAAAAUAGUCUUAAAAAUGCGAUUCAUUGGUAUCGACGUGGUUUUCAAGUUCAACCAAAUGAAUAUGCUGGCAUAAACUUGGCUACGUUAUUAGUAAUUGAUGGUAAGGACUUUUCGAAUACCGAAGAACUACAACACAUCGGAAUGGUAUUAAAUAAUUUGAUUGGAAAGAAAGGGAGUUUGCAAAUUUUGCAAGACUAUUGGGAUGUCGCGACAUUUUUUGAGAUAUCUGUGUUGGCUGAAGAUUAUUCAAAGGCUAUUCAAGCUGCAGAAUGUAUGUUUAAACUCAAGCCCCCCAACUGGUAUGUUAAAUCUACUAUAGGAAAUAUAUCGCUCAUAGAUCGCUUUAGAAAACGCACAGAAGAGCAAGAAAACAACAUUGAAUUCGAAAUUUUUCAUUUUUGGAUGGAAUUUUUUCUCGAAGCAACGAAACCAGAACCACAUAAUAAUAUCCGAUUUCCAAUAUUAAUAUUAGAGCCUACAAAAAUAUAUUUACCCAGUUAUAUUAAUGUAAAUAUCGAUGUGGAUGAAAAAUCUAUACAGAUUUUUAAUUUGUGCUUGUCACAUGCCAAAAAUGAAUGUAAAAAAGUCCAUGAUUUUUUAUUCAUUGCAAACCAAAUAAAAUCGGUGUCACUUUAUAAACGCGAUGAACGUUGUGCUUAUCUAUAUGUACAACAAAAUUCAGAUGAUUUUCAAAUAUAUUUUCCAUCAGUACAAUGUAGACAGCGAUUUUAUGACUUGAUUUUGUUAAUGACUGCAGGACAAGGCGCCGGAUUCAUUGAUUUGUCUGCGGAGUCAGAACAAAGUGAAAUAAAAUAUGAGUAUGAUUACGAUGAGAAUAAUAAAGUCAUUGUGCUGGGUAAAGGAACAUAUGGAACAGUUUAUGCUGCUCGAGAUUUGAAUACUCAAAUUAGAAUAGCAGUUAAAGAAGUACCAGAAAAAUUUUCUCAUGAAGUGCAGCCCUUGCAUGAGGAAAUUAAACUGCACUCUCAAUUACGGCAUAGGAAUAUUGUGCAAUAUUUAGGAUCGAAAUCAGAGGAUAACAUGUUUAAGAUUUUCAUGGAACAAGUUCCCGGAGGCUCUUUAUCUAAAAUGCUUCUUAAAUGGGGACCCUUAAAAGAUAACGAAGCAACAAUUGUAUUUUAUUCGAAGCAGAUUUUAGAAGGUUUAAAAUACUUACACGAUCAAAAAAUAGUACAUCGUGAUAUUAAAGGUGAUAAUGUGUUGGUAAAUACCUACAGUGGAGUGGUGAAAAUAUCAGAUUUCGGGACUUCAAAGCGACUAGCUGGCAUUAAUCCUGCUGUUGACACAUUCGCCGGUACUAUUCAAUACAUGGCUCCUGAAGUGAUUGAUCAAGGUGUGCGGGGAUACGGACCAGCAGCCGAUAUUUGGUCAUUUGGGUGCACUGUCGUUGAGAUGGCGACUGGUCAACCCCCAUUUAUUGAAUUGGGUAGUCCACAAGCUGCUAUGUUUAAAGUUGGAUACCACAAGAAGCAUCCUGAGAUACCUGAUGAACUGUCGAGUAUGGCCAAAAAUUUUAUUUUAAGAUGUUUUGAAAUCGAUGUAGAUAAAAGAGCAACUGCUCAUGAAUUAUUAGAUGAUCCAUUUUUGAAUGAAAAACAUCGAAAAUCAAGAUUUGUUCAAAAUACAGAGUUAUCAAGGAGCAUUUCUGUCCCUGCUGAUAAAAUAAUUACAAAAAAUAUGACAUUAAAUCAUACGUGUUCAACGACUUGCAACACUCCUACUACACCAGAAAUCGACUUAGCAACAACUCCAUCCAUAUCUGAGUUAGAUAUGAAUAAAGAUCAAAAUAGUUUUGAGCAACAUCAUCGACAUACAUUUAGUGGAACUUUAAUGUUGCCCGAAUUAGAUGUAGUCGGAGGCACACAAAAAUCUAAAUCGGAAAAUACGGAUGCAUCAGAGCUUGAGGGAUUUUACUUGCUUAAAAAAGAUUCACAACGUCGCGAAACUUUAUACAAGGUUCUUACUCAGGAUGAAUCCAAAAUUUGUCAGGUUUGGAUGGAACUUAUUACAAAAGAUCGAAAACAAAGUGAAGUAAUUAAUUUUGCACAUUUAAAAGAAUUGAUAGUCUCAUUUAGAAAAUUCAUCAAAGAACAAACAAAAGACAUUCUUGAGAAUGCAAUGUCUGACUUGAAAAAAAGUUUUGGUGCUGAUUCAACGGCCAUAGAUUACUUACAUUUGGCACUUUAUUCUUUUCAAGAAGCGGUUUUGACAGUUUUACGAUCACAUAGUAUAAAGCCACAUUGGAUGUUCGCGUUAGACAAUAUAGUAAAAAAAAGUGUUCAUACAGCCAUUUUAAUUUUGUCACCAGAACUAGGAGCUGAUUUAGGUGGACAAGAGCGCAUAGAAGAAGAAUUUGUAGAUGCGGAUGUUUUAUCAGGUGGAUCAAGUACAGUGAAUUCCACGAAAACUAAAAAAGUAUCCGAUUUUGAUGAUAAAAUGUGUGGUCUAACCACAAUUAAUGCAAAACUACUCGAAGAUUUAAUGAACUUCAGAAAAACUUAUCAAAACCAGAUGAGAGUAAUUAUUGAAGAGCAAAAUUUAAAUUUUAUUAUGCUCAAAAACAAUAAUCGUCAAUUAGCGCAAUUUCUUAAUGCAAGCCAUUGUCCACGUUUCAGCUGUAAUUGUAGCUGGCGAAAUAGUAAUGAUGCUGAAGAACAAGUCGAUCCGAUUAAUAAUAAUGUUGAAUCUAUCACACAAGAAACACAGACCAAAAAGUCGGGAAGUAAUCGUCGAAUUACAUUUUACGAUGAUAUGGAAAAUAUUCGAACAGUUGACCAAAAAUUACAAGAUUUUUUAAAUCAAAUCGACAUAAAUUCUAAUGUACGAAGCAUUAUCUUACAUUCAGAUUUCACAUAUGAAGACUUUGUGUAUGAAAUGGAAAAAGAAGAUCUAAGAAGACUUGGAUUAAAAGUUGGUACUGAACUUAAAAUUUGGCGCCAUUUGAAACAAAAGAGACUUGCAAGAACAUAUGAAACAAGUGGACCAUCGCCUGAGAGUACUCCUAGUUCUUUGGAAUAUUCUUCUUGUAAUGAUUUUGAAAAUACAUGACAGUGAGACACAAAUCAAAAACAAUCCAACUAUUUAUUUACUCAAAUCAAUAUAAUAAAAACAUGUUUACA